ACACAGUACAACACGCAUAUAUUUGCUCUUUCAAAGCAUAAGCUGCACUGCCUGUCUUCUCAGCUCAUGCAAAAGAUCUGCAGCUUCAUAGACAGAAACCUGCAGAGAGGCCAUUUCAACGAUGAGUCAUCGUUCUCGAGCCUCCAGGAUCUGGCAGCAUGUCCACUGUGACUCCUGCUACAGUCGGCGCUGCAGAGCUCGGGUGGAAGUCGGUGUGAGCUGUGCUAUCGCUUCCUGCCGUCUCCUCUGUGGAGCCGUUUUCCACCUGUGCAAAGAAGAGGAUCACCUGCUGCUCUGCCCUAAUGUGAGGGUGCCAUGCCUCAAUGCAGAGUACGGCUGCCCGGUCCAGCUUCCUCGCUCCUCACAAGGCUCUCACCUCCAAGUGUGUCCAGCCAGCUUGGUGAGCUGCUCCAUGGAGUGGAACCGCUGGCCUGCUAAUGAUGCUUGUUCUCUACCGAACACAGAGCUGUUUGAAAACUUGCUCAGGGAGCGACAGCAGGAGGGCUGCCUGGACCUGGCCAUGGCUCUGAAAGACCAGGAUGCUCUGUUUCACUCAAUGAAAAUGAAAAAACUCUUCCCAGAGCUCAUCCAGAGCGUGGAAGAGGAGGAGAGGGAAGAACGAAGGCUGGAGGAGGAGAGACGGAAGGAGAAGGAAAGGAAGAAGAAGGCCCUCUUGGAAAAGGAGGCAGCAGAGAGGGCAGCUGCAAAAGAAGCCAGAGAUAAAAUCUGGGAAUCAGUUAAUAUGAUUAAUGUCAACUUCCCUGAUGAAAAAGAGCUUGAGGAUGACAAUGAAUAUAAAGUAGAGGUGGAAAGUGAGCCAAUGUUGUCUCAGGAGGAGAGGGAGGCUAUAGCCAGAGGAUCAGAAGUGGAUGCUGGUCUGUUGGAGAACUACAAUGCCUGGGAGCGUAUGUUCAGCAUGGAGAUGGGAGGCUGCAGGGAAGCUGCAGCAGGCAGAGGGAGGGGAAGAGGAACAGGGAAAAACAUGGGUACCCUGAAUGAGGAGGAUGAAACAGAAAGCUGUGCUGGUGCAGCAGCAUCCAGCAGCAGCGCAUGCUCUGCUUCCUCCUCCUGUCUCAAUGGAAGACCUAGAAAAAAGAACUUUGUGUACGGAAAGUUAGAACCAAUGAAAAUCAUCACUGUUCGUACAUUUAAAGUCCCAACUAGCUUCACAGCCAGGCAGGGCCGUAUCCGCAACCCUGGCUUCUACAAGAGAGAGAACAAAGGUGUGGACACCAGCGACCUGGGGGUGGCACCAGGAGACAUGCCAGUGUGGGAGGAGGUUCAGGCCUCUUUGCUGUGCUCCUUGGAGAGGGAGCGGAGGGGCAACCUGAUCGCUGAGAGCAUAACCUCUGACAGCCUGCUGACGGAUCAAGGCACGCAGACCUACCGCUUCCUCUCCGCUCCUUUCCGCAGGAACACGUCUCUGGCUGACCUGACAGCUGGAAAACCUCUUGAGCUGCACCUUCAGCUGCAGGUAGAGAGCGUCACCAGCCGGCAUAACAAGGCCAGCUCCGCCUUCACCUUCCUCUGUGGACACACCUUCCAGCGCUCAGAAUAUGGCAAACAUUUUAAGAACAUCCACAGUGACAUCCAGAUGGGCGUGAAUGGCUGGUUUGAACAGAGGUGUCCGCUGGCGUACCUGGGAUGUACCUACAGCCAGAGGAGGUUUCAGCCCUCCGCCUAUGAAGCCACCGUCAAUUUCAAUAAGGAGCUAGGCUGCUUUAGCCUACAUCCCAAAGCCCCGUCCUUCCAGAGUGCAGGAGGUCAAAGCGGAGGAAGGGAGGAUUCUCUGAGCUCGCUGCCCUAUGAGGUCUUGUGUCAUGUGGCCAGUUUUCUGGACAGUCUGUCCCUGUCGCAGCUGGCCCUGGUGUCGAGGCUCAUGAGGCAGGUUUGUUCCUCCUUGCUUCAGGAAAGAGGGAUGGUCACCCUCUGCUGGGAGAAGACCAGCUCCUCACAUGGGCCAGCCAGGUGGAGGGCAACACGAAAGGUGUGGCAGUUCAGCUCCCUGUUUUCUCCUGUGGACUCCUGGAGUUUCACAGAUGUCCCGUCCAUCUCUGAACAUCUGAAGGUGUGUCCCUACAAUGAGAUUGAGUCCAAGACAGGGAAAAUACGCUUGCCACGUGUUCUGGAAGAAAUACAAACCAACAAGAGCUGCAAAGGUCCCUCGUUGGUCACACUAUUCCAGGAGAAGAGGAUCAUGAUGUAGCAGCUCAUGUUGCACAUCAGAUAUCUGCGGAUGUUAGAUGCAUGUUAUCUCACUUUUUCCAUUAAUUCAAAAAUGAGUUUAAAUUGAUUCAAUGUUUGACAAUGAUG